GGGCAGAUUCAGUUCCAUCACAGCGGAAAACCACCACCAGAAGUUCUGCAACAGACGCUUGGGUCGAGGUUCUGCACCAGACUCUUGGGUCGAGGUUCUGCAACAGACGCUUGGGUCGAGGUUCUGCACCAGACUCUUGGGUCGAAGUUCUGCACCAGACGCUUGGGUCGAGGUUCUGCACUAGAACACUUGGGUUCGUUCGGGCCGGAGCUCACUUGCAGCGUGCCGUCAUGCGUCCUCGCUCCGUGCUGUGCGCGCUGGCGCUGCUGGCCUCUUGUUCGGUGGCGGCCGCGCGCAUAGACAGGCGGCUGGCCGUCGGCUGCCCGGAGAGGUGCGACCGGUCCGAGUGCGCGCCGGUGCCCGCCGACUGCGCGGCCGGGGACGCGCCCGACCGCUGCGACUGCUGCCGCGUGUGCGCGUCCGGCGAGGGCGAGCGGUGCGGAGGCGGCGGAGACCGCGAGUGCGCCGAGGGCUUGACGUGCGUGGUGACCGGCGGCGUGGAGGUGUCCGCCACCGUCAGGCGCAGGAGCACGGCGGGCACGUGCGUGUGCGCCAGCCCCGAGCCGGUGUGCGGCAGCGACGGCGUGUCGUACCGGAACAUCUGCGAGCUGAAGCGCGUGAGCGACAGGGCGACGACGCUGCAGCAGCCGCCGGUGAUUUUCAUCCAGAGAGGAGCCUGUGGGAAAGGUCAGCAGAACCCGGACAGCCUCCGGUACAAGUACAACUUCAUUGCUGACGUGGUGGAGAAGAUUGCGCCUGCUGUGGUUCAUAUCGAACUGUUCCGCAAGUCCAUGUUUUCUAAGCGGGAGCUGGCUGUGGCCAGUGGAUCUGGGUUCGUGGUGUCAGAAGACGGGCUCAUUGUGACGAACGCCCAUGUGGUGGCCAACAAGCACCGAGUCAAGGUGGAGCUGAAGAGCGGAGACACGUUUGACGCCAAGAUCAAGGACGUGGACGAGAAGUCCGACAUUGCUCUGAUUCAGAUCGAGGCCCCGACCAAGCUGCCGGUGCUGCUGCUCGGCCGCUCGGCGGACCUGCGGCCCGGCGAGUUCGUGGUGGCCAUCGGCAGCCCCUUCUCCCUGCAGAACACCGUCACCACCGGCAUCGUCAGCACCACCCAGAGGGGCGGCAAGGAGCUGGGCCUGCGCAACUCAGACAUGGACUACAUCCAGACCGACGCCAUCAUCAACUACGGCAACUCAGGAGGACCACUGGUCAAUUUGGAUGGGGAGGUGAUCGGCAUCAACACACUGAAGGUCACAGCAGGAAUCUCCUUCGCCAUCCCCUCAGACAAGAUCAGACAGUUCCUGGCAGAGUCCCACGACAGACGGGCCAAAGGUAAAACGUCCCAGAAGAAGAAGUACAUCGGUGUGAAGAUGAUGAGUCUCACUCCAUUACUGACGAAGGAGCUGAAGGAGAAGCUGUCAGACUUCCCAGAUGUCACGUCCGGGGCGUUCGUCCUCGAGGUCAUCAGGCAGACGCCGGCGGAGGCAGCUGGCCUGAAGGAGAGCGACGUCAUCAUCAGCAUCAACGGCGAACAGAUCACCUCAGCCAAUGACGUGAGCGCCGCCAUAAAGCGGGAGGAGACGCUGCGGACGGUGGUGAGACGCGGCAACGAGGACGUCAUCCUCACCAUCGUCCCCGAGGAGGUCGACCCUUGACCUCACAGCUCACGAACACUUCAAACGAACAGGGCCGAGUGUGAUGAGACUCACUUCUACUACUACUACCUUCACAUGUUUUUACUCUCACCUUCCAGCGUCUGCUCGUUGCCAUGGAAACUGAAACGUCUCAGACUGGAGGCUUCCUCUGCUCCUGAUUUACCCUUCACUCUCUACUAAUCUGUCCCUACAGUGGCUCCUGUAGGUUCACGUAGUUGGGUUAUGUACAUGUAUGUUCUUGAUGGAAUAUUUUUAAUAGGAUUUUUGAUCUACUUUUUAAAAAAGGGAAUAAAAUAAUUUUUCAGAA